AGGCACGGUGGGAGAGCUGCGGCGGCCUGGAGCUCGACCCCGUGCUCGGCAGUGGAGCGGUCGUCCUGAUGGACGCGGAGUGGAUGGUGAGGCGAGCGCGCACUGGCGGCGUCCUCGAGCCGCGCCAGGCGUUGCCGCCGACGGCCUUCAUUUCCCACAGCGCCGUCAAAGCCGCGGGUGAUUUUCUGCUGCCCAUCGCGUGCAUAUCACACUGCUGGCUGCAGGCGAACCACCCGGAUCCACGCGGGCACAACCUGCGCAUCGUGGGCCAGGCCCUGCAGCUGCUGCUGGUUUUUUUGAGGAGGAGCAGUGACCGCUGGGGUGUAUUCAUGGACUUCUGCUGCAUCCAUCAAAACUGCAGGGACCGCGAGGGCGUUCCCCAGCAGCACACCUACCAGCGGCUCGAAGGCUCAGAUUCGUUCGAGGACGAUGCCCUCGGCCGCUUCGAGCUGGAGCAUGCGCUCUUCAAGGAGGCAUUGGGGAGCCUGGGGAGCUUCUACUCCCACCCCGAAACUGUCGUCUUCAUGCUGACGCGGUUUCCAGAUGAUUACGGCGAUGCUGCAAAGUACACCCGGUCGGGCAACACGGAGCAGUACUUCAACCGUGGCUGGUGCUUCUGCGAGUCCUCCUGGGGGAUGCUGACGAAGCCGUCUAUCAGGCUCUUGGACCUCGGCCGAUGCACGGGAGCGGAGACCCACUACCGGAAGUUGAGGGAGACCUGCGCCGCGGGGCGCCGGGUGCCCCUCCUGCCCGACGCCUUCGACGUGGAGCUGGAGAGCAAGGGCUUCACCAACGGCAAGGACGACCGGCCCCGGGUCGCCGAGCUCUACCGCUCCGCCUUCGCGCAGCGCUUCGAGGCCGCGAAGGAGCUGCACUACAACGUGCUGCAGUGGGGGGACGAGGAGGCGCAGCAGCUGGCCGCCGUGCUCGCCUCGGGCGCCGCGCCCCGGCUGCAGGCGCUCUUCCUCCAGAACAACCGCGUGGGCGACGAGGGCGCCGCGCGGCUGGCGGAGGCCCUGCGCGCCCCGGGCGCGCUGCCCCGGCUGCGGCAGCUCGACCUCCAGAACAACCGCGUGGGCGGGCCGGGCCGGGCGGCGCUGCGCGCCGCGUGGGCGGAGGCCGGGCGCUGGGAGGGCGGCCUGGACCUCGGCGACUGAGGAGGGCCGGGCGCGGCGCGGCGCGCGGCCGUCCGAGGCGCGCGGCGCGAGAGGUGAGACCGCGAAAGCGUUUGCGAGGGAAGGUUAGCCUCGCCGCCGUCGCCCUCUGCCAAACCCAGGCUGGUUGGACCACUGCCUUGAGUGAAUGACGUAGGAGCGCCCGUGCGCUGUGUCUGGUGCAUUGUCCACGACGGACCGCUGCACUUCCAAGUCUAUAAUGAUUCGGAUAUUUGUUUCUCGGCGCCUACCCUACAGAAUAUGCCGCAUCCAAUACUAGGAUUGCUUUCGACGCCUCGCCUCGCAGUAGCCUUCAUCACAAUUGCAGGCUGACCACGUGGCCUCAAGGUAGGCUGAGCUUGGUUCCAGAAGUAUUUUCCAUGUGCUCAUCUGUUUCCAUCCGUGCGAUGAGAGAAGUCGGUGUCGGUCGAGUAUCUCUCUCGACGCGUACCGAGCACGUCCGUCUUUUUGCCACAGGGGGAAGGAGACAGAGCUCGAAGGGCCAGCUUUCCCCAAAAAGUGAGUGCCGUACCGUGGAGGACUUCGCUCGACUCUCCUGUGGUAUCGGCUGCGCGUGCCGGGGUUCCGCCCGGGGCCCGCCUGGUGGGCGCCCUCCCCAGAGCUCAAGCGACGCCCCUCGUGCUGGGAGAGGGCGUGCCUGGCUUUCGCCCUGUGCCCUCGUGCCCGCCUGGCGCUCGUGGCCGCCUCGUGGGCGCUUCGUGCGCUGGGCGGUGUGGAGGGGACGAAUGGUUGGGAGCCAUAAGGCAGGCUGACCGGGUGGUAGCAGUCCACAGUCAUUUCAAGCUCCUCGCCUUGUAUCUUGCCUGGCCUCUUCUGCCGCGCUUGCCGUUGGCGUGGCGGCAUCGAGUUGGUUGCCGCAUCUCUUUGUAGGCAUAUUCGCAUGCAGGUGGUGAGUUCGUUGCCCAGCUGGAACGGAUGUCAGGCGGACGGAUGGUGCGGUAUUCACUUUCGCACAUGACGUCUGGCGCCCCGCAAGUCCUCUGAUGAUAGUUUGGCCCGGCUCCCAGCUGCUGGCAAUCACCUGAGGCGUUGUCAUGCCUUUUCUCCCUCCUCCCAUCGUGCUUUCUCCUCCCUCCUCCCCCUCCUCCUCUCUAAUCCCCCCACGUGCCUCGUGCUCCCUCCUCUCCUUCCCGAGGCCUUGCCGCCCAGGCUCGGUGGUCGGCCUCUCGGAAGACGCCGGGGCCCGUCCACGGCCACGCGGUCAGUCGAGAGCUCGCCCUGCCCCAGCCGCGCCGAGAGGGA